CAGACAUAAUGUUUUCAGUUUUGGAAUUCACUUAGCGUUUGUUGACGCGUGUCUGUGUUUUUUGUGAAAAUGCCGUGUGGGUAUUUCAGUGAGACUGCCAAGAAGGUUUUGUUUAUGAUCCUCAAGAUAUUAGGCGAGCUGGCCCUAGUCGGAGCAAUAGCCUCCGUCUUCAUAGUGGCUGCCCAGGGUCGGGCAGCAGAAAGGGCGGCAGAGGAGGCGGCUGGUAGGGACUACAUGAGGAGACUCGACGAGAUAACGGCCAAGUCCAUGAACAGAAUGACCAUCGCCAAUUGGAAUUAUGAGAGCAAUAUCACGACUUACAAUAACGAACACAAGUUACAAGUAGCAUUAGACAACGCAGAAGAAUUAAAAGAAAACUGGAAAGAGACAAUGACUUACUUAUGGAAAGAGUUUGAAGACGAAGACCUGAAGAGAAUGUUCUCAAAAUACACCAAGCUGGGCACAUCAGCACUGCCAGAGGAUUUGAAUCAACGGUUGAUUGAGGCGGUUACCAAUAUGCAGACAACGUACGCGAAGGCAACGAUUUGUGAAUAUAAGUUUAGGACAAAGUGUGAUCUACAUGUAGAACCAGAUGUCACAAACAUCUUCGCAAACAGUGACGACCCCGAAGAGAUGAAGUACGCGUGGGUGGAGUGGCAUAAGGCUGCCGGUAGACCUUCCAGAGGAUACUUCACCGAAUACGUCCAGAUGGACAAUGAGGCUGCCCAUCUUAAUGGAUUUGACAGCACGGCCGAGUGGUGGCUCAGCGAGUACGAGUCCUCGGACAGCGAGGAGCAGUUCGCCACUCUCUGGAGCCAGGUCCAGCCUCUGUACCAGCAGCUCCACGCGUACGUGAGGGGCAAGCUGCGGGCUAAGUAUGGCGAGAGUGUGGUGUCGGCUAGGGGGCCUAUUCCUGCGCAUUUGUUAGGUAACAUUUGGGCUCAGACCUGGAAUAAUAUUGAAAAAUACGCGAAGCCCUAUCCUAACAAACCUGAUGUAGACGUAACAGAUGCAUUGAAAGAACAAAACUACACUGCUCUCAAGAUCUUCAAGACAGCCGAAGAGUUUUUCACGUCCCUCAACCUGAAGGGCCUACCAGAUAUGUUCUGGGACAAGUCGAUAAUUGUAAAGCCGGACGAUGGUCGAGACAUGGUGUGCCACGCUUCAGCUUGGGACUUCUUUGAUGGUGAUGAUUUCAGAAUUAAGCAGUGCACAGAGGUGACCAGUGCCUUCUUCAAGACUACUCACCACGAGUUAGGGCACAUACAGUACUAUAUGCAAUAUAAAGACUUGCCGGUAAUUUACAGAGCGGGAGCAAAUCCAGGAUUCCAUGAAGCGAUCGGUGACGUCAUAGCCUUGUCGGUGUCGAGUCCAAAGCAUCUCCGAGUGGUAGGCCUGCUGAAGGAUGAGACGGAUGAUGACGAGUCAGAAAUUAAUCAGUUAUUCAAAAUGGGACUUGACAAAAUAGUGUUCCUUCCCUUCGCUUACCUCCUUGACCUGUUCCGCUACGCCGUUUUCCGUGGUUUCACGACUCAAAGAGACUACAACUGUCACUUCUGGCAGCUAAGAGAGGCUCUUCAGGGAGUGGAGCCUCCAGUGACCAGGACUGAGGCUGAUUUCGAUCCGGCUGCGAAGUACCAUGUUGCUGCUGAUGUUGAGUACAUGAGGUACUACGUGUCGUAUAUAAUACAGUUCCAGUUCCACCGAGCUCUCUGUCAAAUUGCCGGCGAAUACGUGCCUGGUGAUCCUGACAAGAUGCUGUCCAAGUGCGACAUCUAUAACAGCACGAAAGCUGGCGAGGCUUUGGGCAAAAUGCUCCAAAUGGGUUCCUCUCGUCCCUGGCCCGACGCCAUGCAAGCCCUAACAGGCCAACGCCACAUGGACGCCAGCGGAUUGAUGGAAUACUUCCAGCCGCUGUACGAAUGGCUGAAGAAGGAGAAUGAACGGACUGGGGAGUUCAUAGGAUGGGAGGCUGGCUCUGUCCAAUAUUGCACACAGGAGCAAUUGAUGGCAAUGGAAGACUCGGACUUCGAGAAGAAACUGAAUACUCUCGUCAAAAAACAAGUUAAGAAAUAAAUCAAUGUGAAUAAAGGCAGCUAAGGAGUCAUCAAGAGAAGUUAUUUAUUAUCAUUGUACAUAAAUUGCAUAUAAAUAUUAUUACAAAAA